UCUUUCCCUGCCCGCAGGUUCAGGGGUCUGAGCCGCUGGCGCCGGCCCUUCGCGGAGGUGGUGGGUGUCUAUGGGGCCCCACUGCUCCUCAUCCCGGCCUUCAGCUUUGUCGGCCAGAGCACGGUCUCGUUCCAGGCACUCUACGCCCUGGAGGACUUCGGCUCCCCGGCCCGCGCCGUCUUCAUGAACCCCGAGUACCUGGCACGGCUGGACGGGUACUGGCGUCCCCGUGGCCUGUGUGCCAAACGCCUUUCCUCGGGCUUCAUGCUGGUGAACGCCGCCCUGGAGCUGUGCCAGCACCUCACCCUCUACGGCUUCUGGCCCUUCCCCACCAACCCCGAGGGGCAGCCCCUGUCCCACCACUACUACGACAACCAGCCCUCCAAGCCGGGCGUUCACGCCAUGCCCGAUGAGUUCACCCGCUACCUGGGCAUGCACCUGCAGGGCGCGCUGCGGCUGCAUCUGGGGCACUGCUGGUGAGGAGCUUAGCGGCCAACGCUGGAUGGAAUGAGGUGGCCUGGCGCCACCAUUGCAGGCAGGGCUUGAAGGAAGAAAUGAAGGACGGCCUGGCCCGGGUAGAGCCACACUCCGCCUUAGACACCCUGGUCCAGCCAGGCCUCAGCAUCGACGAUCGCCUGGCCCACCGCCAACCAGAAAGGCAGGCCAGUGUUUGACCCGCACCGGAGUCAACCCGGCCAUAGAGAUGCAGAAAAGAGCUGGCAAUGAGUCUUCGACGUCUGCCUAUAUUGGGGGAGACGCUCACGACGUCCAUUAAGACCCGUGUCCUGCCCCGGUUGGGAACCCCCUUGGGCCGACCUGUACCCCAGCCAAGGUCGAGCCGUGAGCCGCCCGCUUCCUCUUUGCUUACAACUUCCCACCGUGCCCGAAGUGGAGCUGGUGGACUCAGGGGCCUCUGAGAACUUCCUGGACCUCGACGUUGCUUGGACGCCGUAACGUUCCCACUCCGCGUAAGCGCAUCCCCGCCUCGGUGGAAUCCCUUUCCCCAGGCCCAGUUACCAUUCAAAUGCCACCCCCCCGUGGCUGUGACCCUGCUCCAGGGCCCCCGGGAGGCGUCGCUAUUUGGACUGAUCUGCACCCUGCCAAUUCCCCGUCAUCCUCGGCAUUCCUUGGCGGGGUCGGCCAGGACCCACGCAUCCAAGGGGGACCAGGCCCGGCGGCUGACUUCAAAGGUAGAUACCACCCUGUCCCUCGCCCCUCCGUCCACGCUGGGUGUUCUGGAGAAAUACCGAGACCGUGCUGAUGUCUGACAAAAGGAAAUCGAGAUCUUGCCGCAGGUUGUGAUUGAUCCAUCAACCUGUAGUGCCCGGGACCCAUGUUCCCUUUAGCUGUAUUUCCUCCCUCUUGGGACGCGUGAGGAAUACCUCGGUGAGAGUGUAGAGAAGGGGUUUAUUCCUCCUUCUACCUCUCCGGGGCGGGCAUUUUCGUGACUAAACACGAAAUUGCUGGACUUUGAAUGGAGGGACCAUUUGAAACGGCCGCCCAUCACUGAUACGAGCGACGGUUCGGCAGCUCCGUUCUGCGUCAGGAACCGCAGCUGGAAGAGUAUCGCCCGGACCCCACUAGCUGAAGCAAGAGGGAGAUCGGAAUUAAACGUAUUUAAACGAAUAAACCCGAGAGUGGUGAGACAGGGAAUCAUAACGUUAAGAGGCGUAAAUCAUUGUCCGUAGUUGAAUCGUUCAGAAAGGCCGUUUUUAGCAGUUUACAGCUGGGGGUAACAAGAUGGCGGUCGCCGGGAAACGAAAACGAUGGUCUUGGAGCGAUUCGGCCAAUCGCAAAUAGGCGGGUAAGGUGAGAGAAGGGUCACUCCAAAACCCGAAGGGUCAUGCUCAACUGACCCCCUCCCAAGUCUUCAAUCAGGUCCAGCUUUGAUUGACAGGUGAGUUUAAAAGCUGGGAUUGGUUCCUAAGAACAGACCAAUCAGGAAGGCUUAAGAUGACUGGUGGAUCAGUAUGUUAAUGAUGAGGAUUGAAGAAAGAACCAAUCAGAAUAGGGUAAACAUCUGCAUAUAAUGCAGGGAGGCGAGCAGCCGACCGGCGUUAGUCAGAGUGGGUGCCUUGAGUCUGAAGGGAGCCACUUACUCAUGAACCUUUUGGGGAGACUUCACUUGGCAAGAGCAUUUCUUCAACUGGACCUUCGUGGAGACGACCGUCUGGUUCAUGUCAGGGAAGGUGACAUAUGAGCCUGGAUAGAAACCCGCGUGGGGAGGGGCUAACGCAGUUCAGAGUGUGGGAGGAGGUACAGGGGCUCCAAAGAGUCACCAAGGGAUGGGGGUCAGAGGAGGCCCAGCCUCCCAGCUCUCCGGUUGUCCAUAGGGUCACCCUUUGUAACUCUUCCAGUCUGCCUGGGACUUAACUAUCUUGAGUAGUUUUGUAUCAUCUGCAGAUGUUGCCACCUCACUGUUUACCCCUUUUUCCAGAUCAUUUACGAGUAUGUUGAACACAACUGGUCCCAGUACAGACCCCUGGGGGACACCACGAUUUACCUCUCUCCAGUCUGAAAACCAACCGUUUAUUCCUACCCUGUUUCCUAUAUUUUAACUGGAGUGCCUGGCAGUGCCUUUGGGAUCAUCUAACGAUCCUUAAUUUAAUUUAAUGACAAGCCUUGUGAUCUUAAUCACCCUGCCUCUGGUUAUAAACAAACUCCCUGCCCCUUGGGGGCAGAAGCUGGCAGCAACACAGGACUUAUCACUGUAGCCUAUAGGAUUACCCUGUUUGCUUGCACAGAUAUCUCUUAUAGUUUAAUAUAAAUCGAUAAACCUAUUACAAUAAACCAAACACUUACAGUAAGUUUGGCUGUAAUGCAAGGGACCUACAGGCCAGAUCUGGGAUGUUGAGGUAAGACAAAUUUAGCAUAUCUAUGUCUGGGACCUUCCACCUAGAGAGAUAGAUAACGGGAGAAUGGCAUAGGGGGGUUCCAAAUCUGCACCCACAAACUUAACAGGUACCACCAGGGAAGAACCGGAGAACCAAAAUAACAGAUGUGUGUGUGUGACGUUGCACUCCGUAUGAUUUUAUAAAAAUACGCUAAUGGGUGAAUAUGAUGUAACUGGAAUAUGCUUCAUGCAAAAGGUCUCUUGUAAGGUAUCAUUACAAAGCUUAUAAUCUAU